AUGAAACAUGUUAUAAAAGGUAGUGAUCGUUCUCCCUAUAGUUUAGCACCACAAAAUAAAGAUGCAUUAGUAUCAAGCUAUACCAAACGAUAUGAUAAUAUGGCUGCAUUACCAAUUGAUAUUCUUCCACCUAAAAAGAAAGCACAAUUGUUUAUACCUGGAUAUACAAAAGAAUUCAUAAAUUUGAAUCGUGAUGGUACAGUAGUAGGUAUAGAUAAAGUUUUGACUUAA